UUUUUUUUAAGGUUUGUUUUGUUGUUGCUUGUUGUUGUUGGUGGUAAACUUUGUUUGUAGGAUCACCUACGGCGUUUUAUGUACACAGUUUGACAAAAAAAUAUUAAAAACAAUGGCUUCCAAAGAAGGUGGUGAUAAAACCAAGACUGGUCAAGGUGCGGGAGAUAAUAAAGAAAAGCGGAGAAAAGAGUCUAUUCUUGACCUGAGCAAAUAUCUAGAGAAAAGCAUUCGAGUUAAAUUCGCCGGUGGCCGAGAAGCGGCAGGCAUACUGAAGGGUUAUGAUCCUCUCUUGAACCUUGUCUUGGACAAUACUACAGAAUUCCUAAGAGAUCCCGAUGAUCCAUACAAGCUCCUAGAUGACACAAGAGCACUAGGCUUAGUAGUGUGCAGAGGUACCUCGGUAGUGCUGAUCUGUCCUGUGGAUGGUAUGGAGGCCAUACCCAAUCCAUUCAUCACACAAGAAGGAUAACCCUUUCCAUAUGUUAAGUAAUCUUGUACUAUUUUUUGUAAACUAUGUUCACUAAAUGAUAAGUAAUCUUAAA